GUUUUCUCCGAACUUGGACCACGCGCCAAAACAGGCGUCGCGGGAAACUUCAACUGAACGAGACUCCGUGGAUCCCAUCCCACAUUUACAUCAUAAAACCGUCUCACGUGGCUGUACUUUCCGAGGAAGUUAUAGCCAAUCAUAAUUUUCCACGUGGGGGGAGAGAAGUUUUCAGGUGGAGGCAGGAGGCUGGAGAGGAGAGGUGUAAUCGAGUUAGUUACUUCCACCCUCCGUAAUCGUCGUUUGUUUUCCUGUCAAUAUACCGGUUUAUGAUUUUAAACAGAAUUCUGGUGAUGAUUUUCAAACUUUUCCCGAUUUGGUUGCAGGGGAAUUUCAAAUAGAUUUUGCGGCGUGUGCAGCGGCAAAUCUCCUAUUUGUUCCUCUGACGAUUCUCCCUCCUCCCGGAGGAAGAAGACCAAGCGGUGACAGAUUUUAUUGGUAUUUGGUAGAGAAUGCAGUUGCAGGACAGGAAGCUGUCGUCUCGGCUGAAAAAACUCUGGACCGGAGUGGCUGCGCGCCUUUGGCUCCGUAAGAGCGGGCUAGUGAAACUACGAAAGGAUGUAAGAUCUUGUGAGUAUGAAGAUGUGCAUGUGCUGUGGGAAAUGCUGCAGAAAAGUGAAUCAGAGCGAUCCCCUCGAAAGAGCAAAAAGGGACAACAACACUGCAACUGCUUCGAGUGGGCUAAGCAUGCACCUCUUCUUCCCCGGAGCUUCUUAUCCAGUCAUGUUUCACCCUCAAAGUCAGCUUGCAUCUAGUUUGCAGUAGUUAAAAGAAGCUCGGUGUGUAUUCCAGUCUAUGGCCAAAAUAUGGCUGUUGUUUCAACUAGAAUAAAAAAGUAAAGGAGGAUCUGUUACUUUCUGUACAUGAAAUAGACCCUCCUCCGUAUCAAGUUACCCAUUUGUAGAUAUCAGCGUCCUACCAAAUGAAUGUGCUCCAUUACCUCUUACCACCAUGUUGUCUCCUAUAAAUACUAAAACUUAACGUAUUGGUUUCCAUGAUAAUGCUGGUUUAUAUAUGAUAUUGUAUCUACUUUGAACUUUGAAUGUUGUCUUAGCCACGCUUGGGCAUACUCUCUCUUCGUGGUAAUCGGAUUGUUUGUAUCCAUGUUAUCGCAGGUGAGAGCUGUUAAAAGGGACACUUGAGUUUAUGAACCGGUUCUGUUUACACACAACAGGUUCAUUUUGCUGGA